AUGGCCGUUCAACAAUGGAUCACGCCCUUAAAGGGCAUCAGCAGUCUCACCCGCACCGAAGCUUCAAUGCCUGUGGCAGGUAAAGGUGAAGUUCUGGUGGAGAUCCGCGCUGUGUCCUUGAACUACCGCGACGUCGAAGUGACCAAUGGCGAAUACAAGCACCACAGGACUGCCGAACAAGAUGCCACCAUUGUGCCGUGCUCAGACAUGUGCGGAGUAGUGACGCAGGUUGGCCCUGAGGUGACGAAGUGGACCAUCGGUGACCGAGUCCUCUCGACCUUCCUGCCUACCCAUCAAACUGGCCAAGUGACCGAGAAGAUGCUUGCAGGAAGUGUCGGGCUCCCUAAUGAUGGAGUCCUGGCUACGCAUCGCGUCUUUCCCGAGGAUGGCCUGGUGGAAGCUCCGACGUUCAUGUCCGAUGUCGAGGCUGCUACACUUCCUAUCGCUUCCGUCACCGCUUGGAUGUCUAUCAAUGGAAUGCGACCAAUGUCACUCAAUGGCGGCAGUGGUGGGAAGGACGAGUAUGUUCUGCUUCAGGGAACUGGUGGCGUGGCGAUUGCUGGACUACAGAUUGCCAAAGCUGCUGGCGCCAAGGUGAUUAUCACCUCCUCGUCUGAUGAGAAAUUGGACCAGGCGAAGAAGCUUGGUGCCGAUUUCACUAUCAACUACCGCACUACCCCCAACUGGGAAGAAGAGGUCAACAAGUUCACUGAGGGCCGGGGCGUUGACAUUAUUCUAGAGGUUGGUGGUGCCAAAACUCUGCGAAAGAGCUUCGAUUGCAUCGCCUUUGGUGGACUGAUUAACUGCAUCGGCUACGUUUCGGGCAAGAUGGAUACGGACGAGGAUCGUCUUAACAUCAAUCUCCUUACCCUCCGUCGUACAGUCACCCUCAAAGGUAUCAUCAACGGCCCCAAGGAUCGCUUCGAGGAGAUGAUUCGUUUCUAUCAGGCGCACCAGAUCCACCCGGUCGUCAACCGGGUCUUUUCGUUUGAAGAGGCCAAGGAAGCUUUCAAAUUCCUAGAGAGCAGCAACCACUUUGGUAAAGUGGUUAUCAAGGUCCAAUAA